AUGCACCAUUUCUGGACCCAGACCUUUGGUUAUGUCAUUCAUCCAAAGAUUCCGGUCGACAAUAUUCAAAGGAUCGCUGAUGUAGGGACUGGCACAAGCAUCUGGCUUUUCGAUGCCCUGCGCCAGGUCCCGGGGCAGGCUCAGCUCGAUGGUUUCGACAUAUCUCUCGAUGCUUCUCCGCCGCCGGAAGUGCUCCCCGCCAAUGUCAAGCUCCAUCACUGGGAUGUCAAGCAGCCCGUACCAGAAGGUCUCGAUGGGGUGUUUGACGUGAUUCACCUUCGAUUUUUUGCAUUCGUGCUGAUGAACGAUGAAAUUCCCGGCGUGAUUGCCAAGAUCUUUCAAAUGCUCAAGCCUGGUGGGCAUAUUCAAUGGGAAGAGGCCGACAUGGAGACUCUGCGUUUUGACAAGGCCAAGCCUGAGAGCAAGACGGACAAUCUGGAAGGACUCUUCAAGCUCUUGCUAGUCCAAGAUCCACGAUUCAAGCCGACCUGGGCCAAUAAUAUCCAUCACCUCUUCUCGGAGGCUGGUUUUGUGGAUAUUGAAAAGGACACCAAAGACGCCCCCCCUCACAUUGCUUUCCAGUGGCACGAGUGUGGGCUCAUGAUACACGAGCUCAUCGCCCGAAAGACCAAGAACGAGUUCUUGGCGGGGGAAGUGAAGCGGCUGUUGCCUCUUGCUGUUGAGGAGACCAAGAAUGGCGCUUAUGGGACCUCUUUAAGGUUCACCGUAGUUGCGAGGAAGCCAUAA